AUGUACAAGGCCGAGGAAAGAGAAGGUGCUUCUUCACCGGGGCCUGGGGCAUACUACACGCCACAGCAGAUGAGCAAAGAAAGUUACCUCCAGGAUCUUCGCACAAAUCGACCAGCACGCCCGACGGGAGCUCGACCAGCCCCCGCACAUUUCAACACCUGGUCGAGUAGAACGAACAAUGGCAUGGCAGAGUCGUCUUCCUCGGUAGCCGCCCUCCAACGUACCUUUACAGACCCCGUCACGGCCACGGCCACGGCCACCGACGCCGAAGCCCGCCCAUCCAUCUCGCAUGGACCGAGACCACACGUACGCGCAACGUCCAAGACGAGUAUAGACCAAGUAGUCAAGACGGUGGGAAAACCUCUGGUACAGCCCCCACGCGGCCGAGACAUUUUCAGGUCUGCGACUGACCACCGGCGCACAUCGAGUCUGAAGCAAGCCGUGGACCCGCAACGGCAAAGGGAACAGGAUGAGGCUCAUGCCGUGCGAGUGGCCAUGGAAGAGAUAGAUUUGGCGCGCGAGGAAAAGCUGUUCAAGGCUGCUCGUGACGAGGCCGUCGAGCUGGUCUGGAAACACUGCAAUCCACGUGCUUUUGGAACUGGUCCAGAUGCACCGUACCCGUAUCCAGGCUUGGCGAGGAAGGAAAGCACGCAUCAGAGGAGCCGAAGUGUGGAACCCAAGGAGCAGGAUCUCCAGCGGGCCAACUCGAAAAUAAGAAAACGCCAUUCGAUGAGUAGUGCGACGGGAGGUAGCAGGAGCAGCAGCCUGCAGAGCAAUGGGCCAGAAACCGGGUCGAAGUCCUCGUCAAAGACCAAACCUGCUGCAAGCACAUCUGCUACAGAGAGCUAUUUUGACAACAAGAACAAAGGACAGGAGCCAACGGCUUUGGAAAAGGCCAUCUCGGACUUGCCCGACAGCAAGCAACGGCGGAGAAGCAGUGGGCCUCGUCGGACUAUCAGCGGCAGCCUUUUCCAGAACCCCAACGACCAGAUAUACGAGGAGCCUGAGGAAGAGAACCCAAUUGCGCCCGCUCCAACACCAGCCGCUGCAGAACCACCGAAACCUGAGAAGCUGCCGCUGGGUAUGAGACGCAAUCCCUUCAUGCGCUUCCAGUCGGUCAAAAGCAGUCCGAUGAUAAGGUCGAACACGGAUCCCACUGUCGCCACGAAGCGCCUCGAGCGGUACGAGAUUCAGAAGAACCCUCCUACUCAGUCGCGGAACGCCGCAUACACAUUGAACUCUGGUCCGCCAAAGCCAGUAGAAGACACCAAGGCCAAUGCGGAGAACGAACCCGAGAUCAAAAUGAAGGAUGGAAAGGAGAUACGAAGCGAAGAGAUUCGUGCUGCAACGGGUUUCAAGCUCAAGGAUCGGAGCCCAAAACUGCCGACUCCUACAGUGGUUUCAGACGCACCAGGGCGACCAAUUGUAUCUUUCGAGAAGAACUGGAACGUUGUGGAACUGAAGGAGGAGAAGUCCAUUCUGCCAGCCACUGCGCCUGCUCCGUCUACUCAGAGCGAAGCAGCUCCUGGAACGUUGUCUAAAGCAGCAACCGUGCCUGUCGUGCCCAGCAUCAAUCUCCCCGAGGACGAGCAAGCACGGAGAAAGUCCUCUUCUCCAACGCCACCACCAGCACACCAAGUGAAGGCAUCCCCUAGCACUUCGAGCCUAUCCUCAAGACUAAAGAGGUUUGAGCAGCCUCUGUCCAGCCCCUACGACGAUCCCCCAGCACGGCCACUUCCUACCCCAAACCCUUUGAGGAAGACUACACCUGCACCACCUCCUGGACCAUCGAAUCCGGCGGUCAAUACUUACCAAUCCUCUUCUCUACGCUCCAAAACAUCCCCUUGCCAACCUGUUCCAUCCAUUUCCGUAUCCGAGACGCCAUCCAUCUCUGUCAGCGGUCCGCCUCGUCGUGGAUCUAAUGCAAAUGUGCCAUCUAUUGGUGUCACGCCCCCCAUGCCAACCAUCUCUGUCAGCGAGACUCCAGCACCAAGGAGACACAUGAAGGCCGACGUACCUUCUAUCGCCGUCACACCCGAAAUUCCCAGCAUCGCUAUCAAUGAGUCCCCUGCUUCUAGUCGUGCGCCCAAGGUUAAUGCCCCCUCAAUCUCCGUCACACCAGUUGCUGCACCUGCCGCACCGACCAUCAACGUCAAUGGCUCUGCUGGCUUCGGUCCAGCCGCUUCCAAACGCCCCCUACCCAUACCAGGCCAUCACAACGCCAAAUCCCACAGUUACAACGGUGCUCCUACCCCUCGCGGCCACUGGACACCUACCACAGUCCGCACCGGCGCGCUCUGCACACAAUGUGCGCUUCCUAUCGCUGGUCGCAUCGUCUCAGCAGCAGGUCUACGCUUCCACCCCGAAUGCUUCACUUGCUACCAAUGCGGCGAACACCUCGAAUGCGUAGCCUUCUACCCGGAGCCCUCCAACAAACACGCCGAGCGCGUGGCCCGUAUGCGCGCCCGCAUGUCUGGCCAAGACAUUGCCUUUUUACCCACCCAUCCCACGCCCGAAGACAUGGCCCGCCUCGAACACGAAGACGGUACCGACGAGUCCCUACGCUUCUACUGCCACCUUGAUUUCCACGAACUCUUCUCCCCGCGCUGCAAGAGCUGCAAGACGCCGAUUGAAGGCGAAGUCAUCGUCGCCUGUGGCGCUGAAUGGCACGCAGGCCACUUUUUCUGCGCCCAGUGCGGCGAUCCGUUUGAUUCGAGCACGCCGUUUGUAGAGAAGGAUGGGUACGCAUGGUGCGUCAACUGCCAUACCCAUCGCUACAGUACAAAGUGCAAAGGCUGUAGGAAGCCGGUGACGGAUACCGUGGUCAAGGCGCUGGGUGCCGAGUGGCACAUGGGCUGUUUUUGCUGCGUCGAAUGCAAGGGUCCCUUUGAAGACGGUCGGUACUUUUUGCGCGCAGACUCUCAGGAUCCCGUUUGUGUCAAGUGUGAGGAGAUGAGACUCAAGGCUUGA